CUGAGAGCCGCUGCCCCGGGCGGACUUCACAGAGCUGUGCCAGGAUGCGGUGCCACAAGUUUUGGGGACCUUGUUCGGUUGGAUUUUAUAUUUGUGCGGUCAUGCUUUUCAAAGGAUCCCUGCAGGGAGAACACCAGCGGAGGCUGUACAAGGAGCUGCUGGCUAACUACAACCGACUGGAGAGGCCUGUGGUCAAUGACUCAGCUGCCAUCCUGGUGGAGCUGGGCCUCACACUGCUGCAGAUCAUAGAUGUGGAUGAAAAGAACCAAGUGCUGAUGACCAACGCCUGGCUGCAGCUGUACUGGACAGACAUUUACCUGAGCUGGAAUCCAGAAAAAUACCCCGGUGUCCAGAACCUGCGAUUCCCUUCUGACCAGAUCUGGACCCCUGACAUACUCCUUUACAACAGUGCGGACGAGCGGUUUGACGCCACUUUCCACACCAACGUACUGGUGAAUGCUUCGGGUUACUGCCAGUACAUCCCCCCUGGCAUCUUGAAGAGCACCUGCUACAUUGACGUGCGUUGGUUCCCCUUCGACGUGCAAAAGUGUGACUUGAAGUUUGGCUCCUGGACGCACAACGGCUGGCUGCUUGACCUCCAGAUGCUGGAUGUGGACACAUCCACCUACAUACCCAACGGGGAGUGGGACCUAGUGGGUGUGCCAGCCAAGCGCAAUGAGCUGUACUAUGAGUGCUGUAAGGAACCCUACCCUGAUGUGACAUUCACAGUUACAAUGCGCCGCAGGACGCUAUAUUACGGCCUCAAUUUGCUCAUCCCCUGUGUGCUGAUCUCUGGCUUGGCCCUGCUGGUCUUCUUGCUACCUGCAGACUCUGGAGAAAAGAUUUCUCUGGGCAUCACUGUGCUCCUUUCGCUAACUGUCUUCAUGCUUCUGGUAGCAGAGAUCAUGCCUGCCACCUCCGACUCUGUUCCUCUCAUCGCCCAGUACUUUGCCAGCACCAUGAUGAUUGUAGGAAUGUCUGUUGUGGUGACAGUUAUAGUCCUGCAGUUUCACCAUCAUGACCCUCAAGGAGGCAAGAUGCCCAAGUGGGUUCGGGUGGUUCUCUUGAACUGGUGUGCCUGGUUUCUCCGUAUGAAACAACCUGGCGAGGAACGCAAGCGGACUGGUCACAAGUACCGUCACACCUCCCAGCACCACUCCAGCACCAGCUCCAUAGAGAUGGGCGCUGUUCCAAGCCUCAGCACCUCUAAUGGUUCCAUGAGCCUCUACUUCGGCAACUACCACCCCAUAGAGAGCCCACACUGUCCGACUUCUAGCGACUCCGGGGUUGCACUAGGGGGACGUGGCCACGGCUCCCUCAGUGAUGAAGCUGAACCACCUGGAGGUGUUGGCAGUGGUGUCGGAGGCCUGGGGAUGGGAGGUGGAGUUGGGAUGGGAGUCAGCAUCCCUCCGCCAGAGAUCCAGCGCAUUUUGGAGGAGGUGUCGUACAUAGCCCAGCGUUUCCGGGACCAGGACGAGGCUGAGGCCAUCUGCAGUGAGUGGAAAUUUGCAGCAGCAGUGGUGGACCGGCUGUGCCUGGUGGCCUUCUCUCUCUUCUCCAUCAUUUGCACCUUCACCAUCCUCAUGUCAGCGCCCAACUUCAUAGAGGCUGUUUCCAAGGACUUCACAUAGCUGGUUGCAGCAGCAGAAAAGAAGGGUAGAGAUUGGGGAUAAAGAAGAGAUUAAGAAAGUGGAGGGCGGCAGCAAUGAAGGGUGUAGUAUGUGGUCCCAACCUAUAGUCAAGACACCCCAUUGGAAAGGAGGUGGAUCACGCAGAGUUUUAUGAGACAAAUUAGAAUAUCUCCAGGAAGUAAAUAGAGCCUUGCAGCUCCUCCAAGCUGCUUAAUCAUGUAAUCAAGUUAACCAGUCAAUAAUAUAUUUAUGAUUGAUGAACAACUAAUUACAAAGACACAUCAUUAUGUUACAUUAGCACAUUCCAAGUUAAACAUUAAUUUGUUGUUUUAAUCUGUUGUGAUGUCAGAGACAAAUUGUCCAUUAUCUAGAAGAAGAAAAUGGUUUGGGCAGUCAGACUGGGGAGACUACAGGCAAAAGGUUUGGAAUCAGUGGGCCCGUAGAGGAGAGCACUAUAUAGAUUUUCUUUUGUACAUUAAGUAAGAUAUCAAUAAGGGGAAGAUAAUAUAGCAGCUAAUGGUCUUUGCCCUAAAAACUGUGUAAAUAUCAUUCUUUUAUCUGCACUAUUCAUUUGAGAACCAGCUUCAUUUCACAUACAGCACCGCACUCCACCUCACUGCCUCUUCUCUAGUUCAGUUCAAUCACUACAAUUGUUGUUGUCCAGUACAAAUCCACACACACAUGGGUGGAGCUCACACACCAACUGUUCAAGUACUCAACUCUUCAUAUGGAAGACACAGACCUUUUCGAAUGAUGUACCAUCCCCGUAAUGAUGUAAACUAAAACAGUUUAGUUUAAGUCACUAACAUGAGAUGUUUCACUGUGAAUUUUUGUGAAUUUUUUGCUUUUAAUAUUAGAUCAGCAGAGUAUUAGACACAACGUGACUGAUUUGACACAAGUCAGGAGGCAUUUUAUGUAUUUAUCAGAGUAAGAAUGUUUAUUUAGUGAUCACUUUUCACUUUGUCUUGCCUGUUUAAUUUAAGCCAGUAGAAUAUGUAAUGUAAUAACAAUUUGGGACAGUGUAAUAAUGAAACAUCCAGUAUAUUCUAUGAAAAAGCAUUUUAUUGACUGGUGUUUACUGGUGUUGACCAGUAACACCAA